UUUUAUUAUUAAAAAAUCAACCCUAGCAAUCCCUCUUAUCAAGCUCGUGACUUGCAAGAACAAAUCGAAUCAUUGAAAGAAAUGGUUGAUUCCUUAAAAACAGCGAUCAACACUCUCACUGAAACCAUCAGCAAGAUUCCCCAAGUAGUAACUAUGGCCGUAUCUGUUGCUCUCUCAAAUGGCAACCGUGAAGCCAUGUCAACCAAAAGGACUACAAUCACUGGAUCGAACAUUGUUCAUGCAUUACAGAGCAAAAAAACGACGAACGCAGGUUCAGGGAGUGCAUUGCAAGAGCCAUCCGAUACAAUGAUGCGCAAGAUCGGGCUCAUGGUAUCCAUGGAGGAGACGGAGAAAUACUUCAGGAGCCUUGCCAACGAAGAUGAUUUCGACUUGCUUAAUCAGGAGAAAAGAGAUGCAAUGUUCAAGAAGAAGGCUGAGUUGGCGUACAACAAUACGUUCCAUAUUACGGGUACCUUUUUGAGUGUAUAUUUUGCGAGUAAUUACGGAGUUGAUGGUUACUGUUGGUCAGACCUUAAAAAGCUUCAAAAGCAGCAAACCGUUCUCUAUACUCUUGAGCGUAUACUCUACAAUUGGAAUUGUUACGACGGCCAGCCUGGUAUUCCAACGGGGUCGGGAAGAAUGUUUGACCUGACUGUCAGUAGUCCUGUCGUACCUACUCAUCUGGCAAUAAAUAAUUGGAUUUCUAAAAACAUGGUGAUUUACUCCUUGGGAAAUGCCAAAAAGACUCCAGAUGGAUUGCAAAGUUCUUUAUCCAUGACCAGCUACCUGGACCGGCUUUGUAUGGAAUCAGUUCGUCAGACUGGAUCUCACGAAACCCAACAGGAUGAAGAGGAGGAGCAGGCCUGUCAAGACAUGGAUCACCGAAUGUCAGAUAGAUCGGAAGAACAACAGCCAUCGACCGAGUUCCCUCCAUUUUUUAUCGCAGAUGAUGUUGUCUCCUCCUAUCCUCUUCCCCGGCCCUUAUCUUCCCCUCCAGCACUCUCUAUCUCUUUGCCACGCGCUCGACUUUCUCCAUCCUCGUCAUGUUCUGAUUCUGAAGCUCGAAAGAAAGCCAAAAGAAGAUCAGAACGUGAUGGGUUGAUACUGCCCAAUCGUAGUCGUAGCGGGAGAUAG